UGCCCACAUGACGCACGUCUCCGAAAUCGUUCCUAGACCCAACAUCAAGUAGACUCUACUACCGUCGGAGCCGCUCUCUGCUCAACACUUCACGACGCCUCACUGCCGAUAGCCCGCUUGUUGACUGAAGCCCAGCCUUCGGCAUCGCCGUAUCACAAGCUCACACUCAGCUCCGAAGCCGAGGCCAGGCGGAUACCAAGACAGCAGCAUCAUAAAUACACAACCGUGGCUGUCUCAAGACCCCUCUCGCUCGCGACUCACUCACCUAUAUACUACGUCACUCCCCAGCACCUACGCCAAAAUCUGCGUAAGCGAGUCGCAGUACCGAUCCACACUUCAUACUUCACGAACCUACAGAGAAGACGAUACACCUCGAAAACAAUGGCGACUCUCAGUGCUGGACGUAAGCACAAGGUGACAAUAGUCGGCUCUGGCAACUGGGGCACGACCAUGGCCAAGCUGGUCGCCGAGAACGUCAAGGAGCAUCCGUCGCUGUUCGAAGAGACCGUGCAGAUGUGGGUGUUCGAGGAGGAGUACACCUUCCCAAAAGACUCGCCUCACUACAGCGGCUCCGACAAGCCCGAGAAGCUCUCGCAAAUCAUCAACAAAGUCCACGAGAACGUCAAGUACCUCCCCAACAUCAAGCUUCCUUCCAACGUCGUCGCCAACCCCGAUCUCCCCGAUUCUUGCAAGGACUCGACCAUGCUCAUCUUCGUUCUCCCUCAUCAGUUCAUUGCACGUUCAAGCCAGCAGCUGGUCGGCAAGAUCCUGCCAUAUGCGCGAGCUAUCUGCUGUACAAAGGGUGUUGAUGUCAGCGAGAAGGGCAUUCGACUCAUGUCCGAGACCAUUGGCAUGACGCUCAACAUCUAUUGCGGUGCCCUGUCGGGAGCCAACAUCGCUUCCGAGAUUGCCCAAGAGAAGUACUCCGAGACGACAGUAGCGUACGACCCGCCACCAAUGGACUCGCGCAACCCUACCCCCAGUGGUUCGCCGAAUGCCUCGCAGACUGAUCUUACUGCUCAUGUUGAUCUCAUUGACCCCAGUAAAAAGAAACCCAGUAAGCGUUCGGCGCAUCUGACUGCUCUUCCCAACGAGUACCCCCCUCUAUCGCACGAGAAUGUUCGCAAACUCUUCCAUCGCCCUUACUUCCACGUACACAUCGUCAACGAUGUCGCUGGUGUCUCACUGGGUGGAGCGCUGAAGAACAUCAUUGCGCUGGCUGCAGGCUUCGUGGAUGGUCUGGGCUGGGGAGACAACGCAAAAGCAGCGGUCAUGCGUGUCGGUAUCUUGGAGAUGGUCAAGUUUGGCAAGGCUUUCUUCGGAGAGAGUGCUCGUACAAGCACCUUCACCGAAGAGAGUUGUGGUGUUGCCGAUGUUGUGACCUCGUGCAUGGGCGGUCGCAACUUCCGCUGCGCAAAGAUGGCCAUCGCCCGCGGCAAGACCAUUUAUGAGAUUGAGCAGUCUGAGCUCAACGGCCAAAAGCUUCAGGGCACCAGUACUGCCUAUGAGGUGAAUGAAUUCUUGAAGGCCGAGGGCAUGGAGGCCGAGUUCCCACUCUUCACCGCUGUCUACAAUAUCUUGGAGGGUAACAACAAGCCCGAGGAUAUUCCUCAGCUCAUUGAGAAGAAGCCAUGACUAGAGGAACCCAGACUUUAGACGUCCGAUACAUAGCGGCGGGCUCUGUGAUUCGAUAAACUACAUCUAGACUUGAAAGCGAAUACCCCUUUAGGUAGAAUAGACUCCCCUUGAAAUCUCGUCGGCUCGUUCAUCCCUACGCCAGAAUACUCACGUACCGUAUGCAAUCGCUGCAUGGCCAUCAUCGUUACCAAAUGAGCCUGUUGCGUGAUUUCCCAGCACACCUGUAUUGAUAAGCAAACCAUCGUACAACGUCCGCAGCACCCAAACAGGCACAUCCUGAUAGUGGGGACGAGCGUCUUUGUACGAGAAUGAUCG